CACCUAUGGAACACUUGUUCACCGUCCCGACGACAUCGCCAUUCAUCAUCUCUCAGUCGAUAUCACCAGUGGAGUCGUUCGCGCCAGGUCCUUUCGAGCCUUUCAGCAUCAUUGGAGCCGAAAGUACGACUACUGCGCGGACCAAUACGAAUACUGACUCAAGCCUUUCGUCAGGCCAGUCUCCCCGAAUCGUAGACCUCCUACUCCCAGGGACAGAUCUAACUGUGCCACCGGAGGAGUACUCUUCCUUUGUGUCUCAGCAUGAAGCUUUCUACCAGCCCUCUGGUAUGACGCCGCCAGCGCCAUUGGAUGACGAUGUCGAUGAAGAAGUUGUACGCGAUAAGAUUGACGAGUCUGCAGCUUGCGUUAUGUGGCUACCAUCGCCCGCGACACCAAGCUCAUCAGGCUCUUCCACGAAUUCUCCCGACUUCAAGAUCCCGGCCCAGUUGCAUGUACCUAUGACAUCGGCGGAGUCACUCACACGGCGUUAUCAUAGGGACACAUGCGGCGUACUGUCACUGAAGGACGGGCCUACAGAGAACCCAUGGCGGACCCUCAUCUGGCCUCUCACGAGAGAUUGUCCAGCACUCUAUCAUGCCAUCGCAUCGAUGACCUCCUUCCAUCAGGCAAGAGAUAUGCCUACUUUGCGCAUUCAGGGUAUAGAUCAUAUGCGGAGCGCCGUACAUGCAUUGGCUGCUGGACUCCAAAACAUGCGUGUCGACGCAGCUAUCUCGACUACACUUGUUCUCGCCUUUGCCGAAUCAUGGGACCAGCAUAUCAGUACCGGUAUCAACCACAUCAAAGGAGCUAAGAUCUUGAUUAAUCAAGCACUUGUGAACCAUCGUCUCAUGCCAAAACAAGGCGAAGAAUGGGCUCGCCUGAAGUUUCUUUGCAACACUUGGAUUUACAUGGACGUUCUUGCUCGCCUUACUUCUGCUGAAGAAGACGACGCAUACGAUGUCGACAAUGUAAGAGAGAGCAUAUAUGCUGCCGGAGACACCGACUCUACUCUUGACCCGUUGAUGGGCUGCGCGCACACGCUCUUCCCCAUCAUUGGCCGAGUGGCCAAUCUGGUGAGGAAAGUGCGGAGGUCCGAUAGCAACGGACCCACCAUCAUUUCGCAAGCAGUACAAUUGAAAUCUCAACUCGAGGAAUGGACCCCGCCUUCUCACAUUGAAGAACCAGAAGACGAGACAACAAGUCCGCAAGAUGCUAUCAAGACUGCGAUCGCUUAUCAGUACGCAACACUGCUCUAUCUUCACCAAGCCGUGCCGGAGGUUCCAUCCCAGCCACCCAGCGUGCUCGCAAACAAAGUGCUGUGCGCCUUGGCUACCGUUCAUCCGCGCUCACGUGCAAUUAUCGUACAUAUAUAUCCUCUAAUGGCUGCCGGCUGUGAGAUGACUAAGUCAGAUGAGAGGGAAUGGGUCAAAGAUCGCUGGUCCCUGAUGUCUACCAGAAUGAAAUUGGGGAUUAUAGAACGAUGCCUGGAAGUCACAAAAGAAGUUUGGAAUCGGCGCGACAACCAUGCGCUUGAGCGUACAACCAUGAAUAUGGAGAACUUGCGAAGCGACAGCUUCUCAUCAGACGCAUCCAUGAUUUGCCAGAACGACACCUAUCCUGGUGAUUACGACGUCGAUCGCGACUUCGGUUCCCGAGAAACACCGUACGGGAUGCCGAUGCCAUCCAGUACUACAGAAACCCAGGAUUCGGGAGUAACAGUCAAAAGUCGCUUGCAUUGGUUGAGUGUCAUGAAAGAAUGGGAAUGGGAGGUCCUCCUCGGUUGA